AUGUCCAAAAGCCUGGGUGCUCCUGGGCCGGAGUUAGACGCCGCAGGAGAGCAGGGCUGUGAAGGCAACACGCGCCACCUGAGCGAGUUCUCGCGAUUACCACAUAUCUUUGUUUUUCUGCUGCCAUUAACCUCUCUGGUGCUCUUACCCCUGAAGUCUUUUAUUCAAAGAGUUCUUCUGUGGACAGAAUUGUUGGAUCCUACAAAUUUGGUUGUUUCAAUUGAAAAAAUAGAAAAAUCGAGGCAACUAUUGUUAACAAAUGAAGAUGCAUCCAGGGGUGACUUGGAGGACAAAAGGAUACAAGAAGCCUGGAAGAGAAGUCUUUCGACAGUACAUCCUGACAAUAGCAAGCUGAUCCCCGGUCCUUUUCGACCGGCAGCUCUCCUGCCUUUCACGGCGCCCAUGGUGUUUUUGUCAGUGCUGCCAGUAAAAAAUCUAAAGUCCAUGAUUUUACCGCAGGUUUCCUUCUACACCUACAGUACAGUCUUCAGCAUCGUCAAUGGAAAUGCAAGUUACAAUCGUCGCCCCUAUGAGAGUAUAUUACUUGGGGCAGGAGUAAUCACUUCCUCUACCUUUUUUGGAUUAUUACCUCGUUUGCUGCAAGUAAAGUUUUCACUGAGUAGCAUUUUGAGCAGAAAUGUCUUUCCUGUCGUCAUGCUCGCCCAACUCAGUGGAAUGAACGUGAUUGCCUCCCGAAGUCUGGAGCCCAUGCGAGGGAUUGAGGUCAUGGACAAGGAAGGCAAUGUCAUAGGCUAUUCCAGAAAAGCUGGGACCAAGGCUGUUAAAGAUACAGCAACAUCCAGAGUUGUGCUGUUUGGGACCUCAGCUUUUAUCCCCGAAAUCUUCUCAUACUUCUUUAAAAGGAGCCAGUUUUUCCUGCGGUAUCCGUGGUCAUUGUGGUCCUUGAAGUUUUCUUGUACUGUCCUUGUAAUGGGACUGAUGGUGCCAGUUUCUUUCAGCAUAUUCCCACAGAUUGGACGGAUACAGUGCAGCGAGCUGGAAAAGGAAAUUCAAUCUGCAACAGAAGAAACAGAACUCUUCUAUAACAGAGGGGUGUAGGGGUGAGUUUUAGGUGAAUCUGUUUGGUUCCUGCAGUGAAAACCUUCCUCCUAAGGUUUCAGUUUCAGGAACUCUGCCAGAGGUGAACUGGGAAUCCCAGAGGUGUCCGCGGCGACAGGAAAGCUUACGAUUACACCUGCCGAGAUGAUUUUGAGGCUGGUUGUGCCCAGGGUUAAACAAGCCUGGAUGGAAGAAGAAAAAUGGGGGUCUGUCCUGUCUGACCCACCCCGUGGGGCUGCUGAGGGGAUGUGUGAUGUAAGAUCAAGUGUUCUGUUUGUUCCUCAUCCUGUGAAGGGAUACUGCGAAAUUGCUAAUAAACUUGUCUGUGGUUGAGUAGUUGAAAA